AGAAGCAGAAAAAGAGAAACAAGAAUCUUUGCUGCCGAAUUUGUUGGUACAUAUAUUCUCGUCCCCUGUUCCCCAAAACACCCAAAACUCGGAGAGAUUUAUGCUGAAGGCGCUUACACAAAAUGGAUUAUAAAUUCAUUGUUUUUAAUGCUGCCCGCGAUAAUAAUCUGCCCCAAUUGAAGGCCACCCUGUACAACAAAAGUUCCAGCGAGGUGGGCAGCCUCAUAUCGGCGAAAGUGAACGGAGCCACGCCGCUGGUCAUCUCCUGCCGCAACGGACACUACGAUAUUGUAGAAUAUUUAUUGACAAAGUGUCGCGCCAAUGUGGAGCAGGUGGGCUCCGUGAGCUUCGACGGGGAGCCCAUCGAGGAUGCACCGCCGCUGUGGUGUGCCGCCGCCGCCGGACAUCUGGGCAUUGUCAAGAUGCUGGUGCGCAGGGCGGCGAAUGUGAACAGUACGACGCGAACGAACUCAACGCCCCUGAGGGCGGCCUGCUUCGACGGACACUACGAGAUAGUCAAGUAUCUGGUACAUCAUGGAGCGGACUUUGAGGUGGCGAAUCGACAUGGACACACCUGCCUGAUGAUCGCCUGCUACAAGGGACACUACCGCAUCGCCCAGUACCUGCUCUCGCUCAACGCAGAUGUCAAUCGAUGCAGCGUCAAGGGCAACACUGCGCUCCACGACUGCGCCGAAUCGGGCUCCCUGCAGAUCCUGCAGCUGCUGCUGAAGCAUGGCGCCACCAUGGAUGUGGACUACUAUGGAAUGACGCCGCUGCUGGCGGCCAGUGUCACCGGCCACAUGCCCAUUGUGGAGCACCUGAUCACGCUGCCCUGCGUGAGUCGCGAGUCGCGCAUCCAUGCCCUGGAGCUGCUGGGUGCCACGUAUGUGGACAGAAAGCGGGACAUGGCCGCCGCACUCAAUCUGUGGCGGCGAGCGCUCGAGGAGCGCAAUGUGGAACCGCCGCUGACCAAGAAGGUGCAGGAGCCAGUGCCAGCCUACGAGAUGGUGCGCGAGGUGACCAGCGUGGAGGAGCUGGAGGAGAUGGUGCUGGAUCCCGAUGAGAUGCGAAUGCAGGCGUUGGUCAUACGACAGCGCAUCCUGGGACCCACGCAUCCGGACACCAGCUACUACAUCAGAUUCAGGGGCGCCCACUAUGCCGACGCUGGACGCUUCGAUCGCUGCAUAGAGCUCUGGUCGUACGCCCUGACAAUGCAGCAGAAGAUCCUGCAGCCGCUCAGCCCAAUGACACAGUCGUCGCUGCUCUCCUUCGCCGAGCUGUUCAGCUUCAUGCUGGUCGAGGCGGGACGCCUGCUGCCGCGUGGCCGAGUCGUGCCGCCCAUCGAGGCCGAUGGCAUGCUGACCAUUUUCUACAAGGCCGUCAAGGAGGUGGAACGCGGACAGGCCUUCAAUCUGGAGCAGCAGCAACAGCAGCAGCAGCAGCUGCUGCAACAGCCACAGCAGCAGCUGCUGGCCGCCAGCAAAUCCUGUUCGUCUUCCUCAGCCUCGUCCUCCGCUUCGGCGACCUCCGCCACCACCGCCUCCACAACGCUGCUGUCGGCGCAUCAGCACGACUGCAAUCACGACCCGAACGCCCUCAGUCGCACCAUGAUAAGUGCCAUCCACAUUGGCUGUCUGCUCAGCUCGCUGCUGGACACGGAGAGCCUCAGUCCGGAGAUGCGCCUCCAGGUGAUGGGCGCUCUCUAUCGGCUUAAUCGUCUCAAGGUGCGCGUGCGCUUCGACCGUACGGCCCUGCACUAUUCCUGCUAUCGCGAGGGCACCCUGGCCGGUCGCUAUCCCUCCUGCCAGUUCCCAUCGACGACGCUGGCGAAGGCCCUGCUGGAGGUGGGCGCCGAUCCGAAUGCCAUCGACGAUGCCGGCAACACGCCGCUGCAUCUGGCGGCCACACUGCAGCCGUAUGUGGAGCCCUUGGCGCACAUACUGCUCGAGGGUGGAGCGCAUCUGGACACGAAAAACUUUGCUGGCGAGACAUUCGAGAGCCUGCUGGGUCCCACGCCCAUGCACAAGAUCAUCGAUCCGAUGAAGUACACGACGCUGGCGUGCCUGGCAGCACGAAGCAUCAAGCGGCACGACAUCCACUACGAGGGUACGGUGCCGGAGACGCUCUACGACUUCAUCGAGCUGCACUAGAGGGAGAGCCGUGGACUGGACGAGAGUCGACACACACUCAAUUCACUCGAUCGCUCACACGCUCGAUCAAUCGAUCACACGCCUGCCCGCAAGCCCGCCAGCCCGACCGGCCGCCCGCCAUCCACUAUUAUAGUAUCUAUUACUACGACUACUGCGACUACUGUCUAAGCGUGUACAUUUUAGAGAUGGAGAGAGAACUACGAUGA